AGCACAUGUGCACAGAGUCGGAGCAAGUUCACUGCCGUGUUUAUGUUUCUGUCAACCAGACGGUUGUAAUUUGUGCUAUAACAAAUGUGCGUCACACAACGAUGAUGACACUUGCAUGGAUGGGUAGAGCAACAGCCAUUAAUGGAAGCCUGUGAAAGCUGGGUUAAUCAGGUUGAAGCGAAACUCGUCUGUCAGAGUCACUCCGAAUGUCACGAGGAAAUCCACGUUAUUUUGAAGAGAUAAUGUCUUGACACCUCGACUAUUUUUAAGUCGGAGAUAAAAUAUUGCCGGUAUAAAACCUACUAAGUACGAGGGAGCGAGCUCGACCUACAGCGGGGCACAGAUUGGACUUUGACCAGGCAUCUAUUUACAAGCCAGGACGCGAUCUCGACAUGUUUAUGUAACAUCAUCUCAUCACCCGACUGUAAAUACUGACGUUGUACAAUACUGACGCCACGAAUACUACCAACUCAACCCCGCAGAUGCAUUCCGAAGAAAAGGAUGAGACGGCGACCUUUAUUGCUGGAGACUUGGAUCAGCUGGAACCGGAAAAGAAGGGUCAAGAUGAAGGCCGUGAACAAUGGAGUCGGAAGAUGGACUUCGUGUUGUCGCUGAUCGGUUAUGCUGUGGGUGUCGGCAACUUGUGGAGGUUUCCAUACUUGUGUCUCAGGAAUGGCGGGGGUGCAUUUCUUAUUCCAUUCUUCACAUUCCUUCUGCUGGCCGGAAUUCCCUUGUUUUACCUGGAGGUAUGUCUGGGACAGUUCUCGGGAACAAGCUCGCUCUUCGUUUGGAAGCUGUGCCCCCUGUUUAAAGGUGUCGGAUACGGCAUGGUGAUAGUCUCGGGGAUGGCGUGCAUCUACUACAACGCUGUCAUAACGUGGGUCAUCUACUAUCUGGUCAACUCCUUCCGGUCGGAGCUACCGUGGAGCCGAUGCGGCCAUUGGUGGAACACGCCAACGUGCAUAGAUACGCGGAUGACGGGGUCGUCACACAACAGCACUGAUCGACUAACGUUUAAUACAUCAUUGGUAACGGCGAACUGUACCACCAACACCGUGUGCAAUGUUACUGAUGCCCAAGGAUUUUAUGGGUCAAAUUACAGUCUCCUGAACAAUUCCAUUUUUAAUAUGACUGAGGAGAGGGGUAAAACGGCAGCGGAAGAAUUUUGGCAAUACAACGUAUUGAGAAAGUCUUCCGGGUUUGAAGACCUCGGGAGUCUCCAGUGGCACUCUGCCCUGUGUCUGCUGGCAGCCUGGGUCCUGGUAGUCCUCUGUCUCUUCAGGGGGGUCAAGUCCCUCGGCAAGGUUGUGUAUGUCACAGCGCUCCUGCCGUAUGUUUUGCUGACGAUAUUCCUUAUCCGAGGUUCCAUGUUACCGGGGGCCCUGGACGGCAUCAAGUUCUAUGUCACGCCUGACUUUUCCAAGUUGAAGAACUUUAAUGUGUGGAUUGAAGCAUGUAUUCAGGUGUUCUAUUCUCUGGGUCCUGCUUGGGGAGGUCUCAUCACGAUGUCAAGUUUCAACAAGUUCGAUAACAACUGCUUCAGGGAUGCCGUGAUUGCGACACUGGCGGAUGGUAUGACCAGUUUUUACGGUGGAUUUGUCAUCUUCGCAGUGAUCGGAUACAUGGCAAAAGAAUCCAAUCUACCUAUUACUGAAGUUGCAACACAAGGUCCAGGCCUUGCUAUGGUAGCCUACCCAGAAGCCAUUACACGACUUCCGCUUCCGCAAAUAUGGGCAGUGUUGUUUUUCUUUAUGCUUCUCCUCCUCGGGCUGGACAGUCAGUUUGGGAUGUUCGAGACACUUGUUAGCGGCAUUUUAGACGCCUUUCCAAACAAGCUGAGGAAGAAGAGGCUGCUUGUAACAUCCUCCUUGGCAGCAAUAAGCUACUUAGUAGCCCUUCCAAUUGCUACAAAUGGUGGGAUUUAUGUCUUCCAACUGUUAGACUGGUUCGUUGCAGCAUUCUGUGUUCUUCUGACGUCAUUUUUGGAGUGCAUCAUCAUUGGUUGGAUAUACGGUGUUGAGAGAUUUGGCAGAGACAUCGAGAUGAUGCUUGGGAGACCUCCUUCAUUACUCAUGAAGCUGUGUUGGUGUUUCGUUACUCCAGUACUUAUGUUGGUGGCGCUCAUCUUCACAAUCUACACCUACAAGAUGCCAACCUACGAUGGCUAUAUCUACCCAGUAUAUGCCAGGGGUAUUGGAUUCGUCAUCUCAGUACUUCCGGUCAUUCCGAUCCCGGUAUUCAUGGUCUGGGAGUUGGUCAAGGCUAAGGGGUCAUUUAUACAGAGGCUGAAAAGCACUCUCCGUCCAGGGCCCGACUGGGGCCCGGCAAGGAAAGAACAUAUGGACGAAUACCGUAGAAGAGCAGGGGAAUACAACGCCAUUCCUCUCACAACCCGGGUAGUCAAUACAUUCUCAAGGAGUGUUUGAUGUUGUGACAGGUAGCGUGCAAGGUUGUGUGUUGCGGCCCCAUGUUUUAUGCUUAGAUCCAUGACAAUCUCAUUAGAAUUAGGUCUUUUACUCCGAUAUUAUACAUCUCUGCCUCCCGAUUUGAGGACUCAUUCGUGGGAUAUGUACACUUUCUAUUAUUUAGGACCCCUGUUUGGUAUGACUGGUUCCAGGAUUCAGACUAACCUGUCUAAUUUUGUAUCUCGAAAACGAUUCCAAGACUUCAUUAAAAUGUUUGUUAUUGUAUGUUUGUUUGUUGUUUAACGCCGCGUUCAGCAAUGUCCCAGCUAUAUGACUGCGGUCGGUAAAUAAUUGAGUCUGACCAGACAAUCAAUAGAGUCAAACUGGGAUACGAUGAUCUCAGUGCCCCUGACCAGUCAGUCAGCGAGCUUGACCACACGAUCCCGUCAGUCACCUCUUACGACAAGCGUGGAUUGCUGAAACCAGUCCUAACUCGUAUCUUCACGGGUCUAUUAUUUUCAAACAUAUAUUGUUAUACAAAAAUAUCAUUCCUGUGUGUAAACCCCACAUCAUGUACAUACAAAAAGGGAUACAACAGACGAGACCAAGUUUACACAUACACACAAAUAAAGAAUCAUAUAUAUGCAUCUAUUUCGCUUGGUCGAUGAAAGUUUUACUCCGGGUUCACCUGUCACGACCUUCUGUGGAUGUAUCCUCAGAUCAAGAAGCAGACAAGAUUCGUAUCGCAGUAAAAGUUAAAAGACUGAUAUUCAUGACAUUGUACACAUUAAAGCCAUAGGGCCUGGAAGUCUCACGAGGCGCUACUUCCGGUAGUAAGCUGGUUCCCGGCACCCUUUGCGCGAGACGGGCCCAGCUUACUUCCGGAACCAGAUUUCCGGUGACAAACGUAUAUUCAAGAACCAGUUCUGGUUUCAAAUUGGGCGACCGCCAAAUACGACUUUACUGGACCAGGCCAAGUGAACAACCUUGCUUGGCUGUCACAGCUGUUGAGCGUCGUAAUAGUUGGCUAAUUGGGGGAUGGAUAGAUCGGAAAUGUGUUUUUCCUGUUAGGAUUAUCGGUUCCUUACUGUCAACUGACAACCAUGAAACCAUUCGAAAAGGUAUGAAACGCAGUCACCGGAAGUACUAAGGUCUUGCGAAGUGCCGUGGUCUACUUACGGGGCCUAUUGCUUGUUAUCCGUUACGUUCUGCUGCAUUCAGGUGUGUUGUUAAGGUUUGAAAUUCACCGAACAUGAAUGUAAUACUUGGUGAGAACUUGGAGAGCUUGUUUCAGAUCCACACAGUAUUUACGACAUUGAAAUGUGUACAUGUUCAAGGAUAGUUAACAUCGCUAUGUUUGAUUUGUGGCAUCGUGUUGUUCUGUUUAAGGUAAAUUCAUUCUACCGUUUGUAUGAAUAUAUUGAGUAUGAAUUUGUCCAUGUGAGCGUGCAUGUGUCCUUUUUUUACAAAAUAUACUUUAUUCCACAAAAUACUGAAAAACAUGUGUUGAUAAGAUGAUCUGACUCAAACUUAUGAGCCAUGAAAGAUCCUAGUUCCGGUGUCAAAUCAGAUCUGAAGUUAAAUUUAUAAUUUCGAAUGUCCUUUAAUUUUCUGUGAGUAAUAUUUCGUAAUAUUAUAUUUAUGUAUUUAUGUUUUUAAGAUACGACCUUUGAAUUUAAAUUCAUUCCGCUUACCUUGUGUUACAACGUUUUCGACAACUUCUCCAAAGUUACAAUAUGGUGUUGAAACAUCGUAUGAAUGAUCUUCGCUGUGAUGCCUCGAACACUUGCACAAAUAAUUCAAGUUAAACAUAGCCGGCAUUAUUUCGUCUUGUUUCCAGUGAAUCAUGUUAUCUCAGUGUAUGCAAGUUUCUUUCACAAAAAUAUGUUCAGCACAGGAAGUCAUCCUGGAAAAUAUUCCCAAGUUAAAACAUAAAUCUUCUGCUUCUUCUUACAGAGAAACGUGUGUGUCCGGAAUCAUAAUGUACACAAAUGUCAACCCAGACAUGGGUCACCUGAUGAUGUAUCUAACUUCAGUUUCUUUUGGGGGUAUUUUAGACUGAAAUAUACAGAUGGAAUAAAAUGUUUCAAAAAGG